AUGUACCUUCUAGAUCUCAUAUAUGCCUAUCUAUUGGGAGGCGUGACAUUCAUUCCGUUGCUUAUAUUGGCAUUUCUAUAUCUCCACCCAAAGAGUCCGCAGGAUAACGAAGAAGAAGGUCUCAAAGCCGGGGAGUUAGAAGAGCAAUGCCUGACCGGCUUAGAUGCCUACAAACAAGGAUGGAUUAUCGUCACUCAUGAGUUUUUGGAGUCUCCGGAUCACAUAAGCUCCUCGACCCAACUGGUUGCCGACUCUCAGGAAGGAAAGCUGGCCUAUUCCUCACUAUACAAGUUUAUCUCGUCGGUAAGUGAAUCAGAUGCUGCCUCGAUCACGCAAGCCCCAACCGUUGGUACUCCUACCAAAGGUGGCAAUAAGAAACAUCGGUACUAUGCUGUGCUUAAGCAUGGGAACCUCUUCUUGUACCGAGACGAAAGGCUCAAAGACGUCAAGCAUGUAAUUGUCCUUCUGAAUUUUUUCGUCUCAAUAUGGCCAAGGAAUAUCACCGAGGGUCAGUUGUUCACCAAGUAUUCUUCAAUUGCCUUGUUGCGUAAGGACUGGAAGCGAAAGAGAAGACUUUCGGACAACACAACUACUAUGGAUGACCUUGACUGGGAAGAUUCCGAACAAAUUACUCUACAGGAUGUUUUGAACAAAAAAUCUAACCUUCCUGCUCCACCAGGAUCUUUUUUCAUAUACACCGACUUCAAUAUCGAGAAAGAAGACUGGUAUUUCACAUUGAUCAAAGCCUCCAAAACAGGGUCCGAUACCCCUCCAGCUCUUGAUCCCAGCAUUCAGGCAAAAACGCUUCACUUUGAAACUCGUCACAUGGUGGGCUUGAUUCAGACCCUUUACAGUGCCGAGGGUCAAUUGCAUACGAAGUGGUUUAAUGCCGUAAUAAACCGUCUAUUCCUUUCGCUUCAGCAUACUGAUGCCAUGCACAAUUACCUCGUUUCCAAGAUCGAGAAAAAGCUUAACAAGAUGAAAACUCCUGGGUUUCUUGACAAAUUCCAGAUCACAAAGGUAAGAGCAGGACAUGGUGCUCCGUUCAUUACCUUCCCAGUCCUUAAAGAGAUCAAUCCCGAAGGUGAUCUUCUCGUUUCGUUGUAUGUUCAUUACUUCGGUGAGAUGUCCGUCCAGUUGGCUACAAAGGUGAACAUCAAUUUGGGCUCUCGGUUCAAACCUAGAGAAGUUGAUGUCCUCCUUUCCAUGACACUUGAGAAAUUGCAAGGUCCUAUGCUUGUGAAGAUCAAGCCACCGCCAUCAGCCAGAAUGUGGUACACGUUUGAAACUGAACCAGCCAUGAAUAUUAAAAUCGAGCCAGUCAUUAGCUCGAGGCAAAUGUCGUAUAACAUCAUCACGAAUUCUAUUGAAAAGAAGCUUAAGGAAUCUGUCAAGACCUCCAUUGUGCUUCCACAUUGGGACGACUUCACAUUCUAUAACACAGAAAAUGAAUUGGUGAGAGGAGGUGUGUGGGACAAAGAUUUCCGAAGAGAACGCACUGAGCAGACUGCAAGCGAGGAGAAGAAGGCACUGAGCUCACCACAAUCUGGAUCAUUAAGUCCUUCACGUGCCGAGGUCGAGCUGACAACUUCAGCGCUGGGGGUUUCGUUUACUUCUUCUACAAACCCUGAGGUCGACGAAUCACUAGCAGUCAAAGCAGAUCUCACUAAUGAAACUCCUGUUCAACUCAAUCUGACCAAAACACGGUUAUCUUCCACAAUCAAUGACUUAUCUAAGAGAUUAAGGAAGGCAAAGUCUACCCACACGCUUGGUGUUGAUGAAACAAACUGCCUCUCAGAUGGCUCAUUGAUGGAGCCGUCCGCUUCGGACACUCCAAGUGUAAACGGGUUGACCCUCGAUGAACAAGAAGAGCAUCUAACAACUGACCUGAAAAGCAAUACUCUUCGCAAACUUGGAAAGUGGUACUACAAAGACGACAAAAAUGGCGACAACAAGCAAUCAAACUAUCAACGUCCCGAAAUGAUUACCAACCGUCGACCAAACAGGAAGCAGUCAUCUGCGAGUCAAAUAUCCGACACUGAGAAGACUGCUACAGAGGUGCAGAGCUCGCCCCCUGGUGGUGGUUUUUCAUACGAUUUUGGUUCAGAAGUACCCGAAAAAAUCUUGGGCCACAAGUCUGUUCCCUCGCCAGGUAGGGCAACGAUCAGUAACCCAUCAAUUGGUAAUGUUGAAGCUACGAGCGAUGUUAAAGAGCGUUCGACUAGCACUCUAGAGCCCGAAAUUUCAUCGAUACUGGUUCCCAAGGAUACUGAUUUUGCAUCCACUGUGUCGAGGACCAAGUCUACCCUACAUCGCAAACCUCCACCUGAGGACCCCGUCCUUGAGGCCUCUCUUUAA